AUGAAUGAUUUUGGGAACAUCAUUUCAAAUCUCAAUUUGAAUAAUAAACCACACAACAUAUGGAAUUGUGAUGAAACUGGGAAACAGUUUCAGCACACACCUGUUAAGAUGAUCUCAGCAAAGGGUGCCAGAAAUGUAGUGGGCCGUGUUUCUCAGAACAGAACUAACAUUACUAUAAUGGACUGUGUACAUGGCGCAGGAGGGAAAAUGCCCCCAAAGGUCGUUGUGAAGGGCAAAACGUCCGCCACCCGACAUGGUCUUCAUGUUAACGAGGCCCCACCUGACACAGUAUUUUCCUAUCAAGAAAACGGGUGGAUGACAGAGGAGCUCGGGGAAAGGUGGUUCCGUGACGUGUUUCUAAAAAACUGUGGACCGGAGCGACCCCAACUCUUAAUUCUAGACGGCCACUCGUCUCACGAGACACUUGGUCUUUUAGAGUUGGCCAUGAAAGAAAACAUUUACAAUAUCUGUUUAUUAUCCCCCACAUACAACUAA